AUGCUGAAACUGUCAUCGAACUCACUCUUGAACGAACUGGUCUAUAUCACGAGACAUCUCGAGCAAGUUGAGAAAGAAUAUGAGGAAGACUUCCGGGAUUUCUCAGAAGAAUUCCCGCAGACGAAAAAAGCAGCAAUCACUUUGCUGUGUAGAGACAUUGAGCACAUAUCAGAAGAGCGGGUUGCAUAUAGGAUCGCACUCAAGAGGCUAGAGGCAGACAUUGCACGCUUUAACGCCUCAAAAAUCCAGCAGAAGGGAGAAAAUCUAUUCCAGCCCACUGUGAACGUCGUUGUUGAAUCUCCUGCGGAUGUACCGGACACCUUAUCGCAAACAAACGAUGAUCGUAGCAUUGUGGGCGAAUCAUCGCAUCAACCCCAUGGCGCUCUGCGAGAAGGCUCAAAUAACGAAUGCCUACCUACUGCGCCGAUGAACAGUUAUAAUGAAUACCCAAGGUUGUCAAGCUUCUCAUUCAAACCUUUGAGCUUGGCUCCUUUUUGCAAGCAUGAAGUCGCGCUCCGGCGAUGUCUUCGAGAUGUCAAGAAGAUGAGAUCCACAUUGUCGCUCAUGAUCGAGCCGCACUUCACGAUCAACGACGCGUUAAAACUAAGGGCCCCCUUGAAGUUCAUCAUCGCUCCAGCUGCGGCACUUCUUCAGGGAGAGGGUUCUGUCGACAUUUUCUUGAUCCUGCCCGAGAAAAAACAAGUACGGCGAGGUAAGGGAAAGAAGAAACGGGUAAAAUGGCGCGAUCAGAGGCGAAAAGUAGCGAAAUUAUCCACACGCGACAACGAGCUCAUCGUCCGGGGGCCAGAAGGCUAUGUAUAUUUGGGCACAUAUCGUGGACUUAGCAACGAGAGGUUGUCACCUGUGGUAUUCGAAGGUCUUGAUAUAUCGGUAAAGGAUGCAGUAGCACACGAAACCGCAUUGAGACCUGAUAGCCAAGGAGCAAUAUUGAAGGAGUAUUCGUCUGGUGAACUGCAGGCUCAAAAAGUGGUACUGCAAAAGAUUACCUACAACAAGGCCCUGGAGACAUUCCUUUAA